GUAGUGCAAUGUUAGCUUUGGAGAUGUGAGAGGGGUGAAUGAGAGGUACGAACCGUAAUUGGUCCCUGCGUCCGGGACGAUGCUGCGUCCUGGAAGGCGCGUGUCGUUGAGUUUUCCCUUGAGGCGGUCGACCUCGGCCUUGGGUAUGUCAACUUGGAAGGGUUUGACGAGCGGUUUGGCCAUGAUGAGAAUGAGGAGAAUGAUGAGUUGGCUGACUGAAAAAGCAUGCAACGACUAUUUAUGUAUGAUGUCAGGAAAUAAUUGAUCUCACCCGUUAGAGUAUUCAGAGGCUCGGCCUUCCGUUUGGAUCAACUCGAUAGCCUAGUUAAGAGUGUCACGCAGAUGUCCCUCUUGCUCGUUCCUCCACGAGGCAAGGAAUCGUCUUGGAAAGGUAAUCACCGAGUAAUCAGCUACGUCACGGCUUCCAACGACUGUUGCGCCCCAAAUAGGUCCUGCGACAGGCUGCUGGUGAGUGGUUAACUCGAUGGAGCUGUGUUGUUCAAUCACGGAGCUUCGGCCGAUUUCCCGGCGAUGCAGGUCCAGCAACUCUGGCUUAGCCACCCUCGGACCCUUUUUUUUCUCCAAAGUGACAUAUUAGUUUUUGAUAAGCCUUUUGAACAAGAUCAAUCUUCAUUGUUUGUCGACCUGUUACCACAUUUCUGUCAACUACAACCCGUAGUCUGUGAUAGAUAUUCUCAGAUUCAUGAUGACCCUUGCUGGAAAGACUGCGCUCCUGACUGGAGCCUCGAUGGGCAUCGGGGAAGCGAUCGCGACCUCGCUCGCAGAACAAGGCUGCAAUCUCAUCCUCAUCUCACGCUCAGAGGACAAACUCGCAACCCUAGCCAAAAAGCUGUCAGGCCAAACCUCGUCCAUCAAAAUCACCUGGCGAGCAGUCGAUAUCGGCGACCAACCCGCCGUAGACGCAGCCAUCGCCUCCGCAAUUGAUGAACUCGGCCCCAUCGACAUCCUCAUCAACAAUGCCGGCCUCGCCCUGGGCGCCCCAGCCCGCUUCCCGGACCUCAGUAUCCCCGACAUAACGACCAUGGUAAACACGAACAUCAAUGGGCUCAUGUACGUCACCUACACGGUGCUCAACCGCUCCAUGCUGCCCCGCGGAUCCGGCACGGGCACGAUCUUGAACAUCACCUCGAUAACGGGGCUCGAGGUGCCCCCCUUCCCGGGCGAGGCCGUGUACCACGCGAACAAGGCCUUCCAGGAAGCAUUCACCAACGCGCUGCGCAAUGAGCUGAGCGGGACGGAUAUCCGAGUCCUGGCGCUGCGCCCCGGAUGUGUCGCGACCAACUUCCACUCCCUGCGCGUUGGGCACGAUAAGGAGAAAUAUGACAAGUUCUUUGAGGGGCUUGAGCCUCUUGUCUCCGAGGAUAUUGCUCGAGCAGCCAUUUACAUGCUAAGCCAGCCCCUCAACGUCUCUGUGAAAGCGAUGGAUGUGGUUCCGUCGGCCCAACGAUCGAUCACAGUAUUUGACCGCAACUGGAGCGAGCGUAACCGUUAGGUCUUAAGAUUGAACAGUAGCUAGGAUAGUAAAGACCAGAGAAAUAUGAAAUACCAGAUUAUACACACGUGAG